AUGUCCAAACGAUCGGCCACGGAAAUACAAGCUCCUCCUGGAAGCCAUGAAGGGUCCCGGAAAACACCACGCUCGGUCUCAAAGCAGAAGGAUGUCUCCAUGGAAGAUGAGAUGGGGGAGUUUGAGGAUGGCUGGGAGGAUGAGUAUGAGAGCGACGAGGAGGUCGUAGACGGCGGGGAAGGGAAGGCCGAGGACGGAAUGGAUGUGGACGACGAGGUCAUGCCGCCGAUUGAAGAAUCCGAAGAGCAGCCACCAGCUCCGGACGCCUUCAUACCCGGAGUCCAUCAUCUGGGCAAGGACGAGAUUCUGGAGCCCGACGAAUCCGUAUACAUCAUGCGCCACAACAUGUCCGUCAACUGGCCGUGCCUUUCCUUCGACAUUCUGCGUGACAACCUCGGAGACCAGAGACAACGCUAUCCCGCAACUGCAUACAUUGUCGCGGGCACCCAGGCCGACGUCGCGAAGAACAACGAGAUUUUCGUGUAUAAGAUGUCAUCGUUGCAGAAGACCCAGCGAGAGAACGAUUCGGACGACGAAGAGGACGAGGACGAGGACGCGCUGGACGAAGAUCCCCUGCUCGAGCACCGCUCCAUCCCUCACCUCGGCGGCGUGAACCGAGUCCGCGCCCAGCCCCUCCCCGCAUCCUCCCCCCUCCCUCCCGUCUCGCAGCCAUACUACGUCGCGAGCUGGUCCGAGACCGGCAAGGUGCACAUCUGGGACGUCCGCCCGCUCAUCGAAGCCCUCGACGUCCCCGGCUACACCCUCGACAAGUCCCGCGCGCACACCCCCGCGUUCACCGUCCCCUCGCACGGCCGCGCCGAGGGCUUCGCGCUCGACUGGGCCUCGUCCGGCGGCGCGAGCCCGAGCGGGCUCCGCCUGCUCUCCGGCGACGUCCACUCGAAGAUCUUCCUGACGACCGCGGGCCCCGCCGGGUUCAACGCGCUCGCGCAGCCGUUCGCGGGCCACACGAGCUCGGUCGAGGACCUGCAGUGGUCGCCGUCGGAGCCGACCGUGUUCGCGUCGUGCUCGGCGGACCAGAGCGUGCGCGUGUGGGACGUGCGCACCAAGGGCCGCAGGAGCGUCGCGGGCAUCGAGCGCGCGCACGCGAGCGACGUGAACGUCGUCAGCUGGAACCGCGCGUCGACGUACCUGCUGCUCAGCGGCGGCGACGAGGGCGGGAUCAAGACGUGGGACCUGCGGAACGUCAAGAAGAGCGGAUCGGAUGCCCCCGACCCUACGCCCGUAGCCGCGUUCAACUGGCACACCGCGCCCAUCACGUCUAUCGAGUGGCACCCCACCGAAGACUCCAUCUUCGCUGCUUCGGGUGCCGAUGACCAGGUCACGCUUUGGGAUCUUGCGGUGGAGCAGGACGACGACGAGACUGGAGCCAUGGACGCGACAGAGGGUGGACGCGACGUGCCGCCGCAAUUACUCUUCGUGCACCAAGGACAGAAGGACGUCAAGGAAGUUCACUGGCAUCCACAGAUUCCAGGCAUGGUCAUCAGCACGGCAUAUGACGGCUUCAAUGUCUUCAAAACGAUCUCUGUAUGA